AUGGAUGGACCCGAAAGUACCGACUCUGAAUUCGAGGACGUAUUCGAUGCGUACUUCGAUCGCUAUUCUACGCGUAACUCACAGCUUUUACGUAAAGUUGAUGAGUUACAAAUAGAGGAAGUUGAAAGUCUUCUCGCAGACCUGUAUAAGACAAGAAGGAAUUUGCCUUUGAAACGCGGGCAUCAAGAAGGCACACAUAAUGUACUGCUCGCCAACAUGGGAGUUCAUGUUGGCGAGGAUGUCGAGAGGGAACGUGACUCGUUCCUUCAUCGACAUCCAGGGCGAUGGGAAGGCGACUUUAACGCUUUUACUCAUCGACGGCACGCAUAUUUGUGGUGGGUUUUAGCCUAUUUGAUGAUAGCUAUUGAAGUUUAA